AUGAAACAAAGUAUUUCAUCGAUAGUCUCAACAAUAUCAUCACAACCACCAUUCAAUAAUUGUUUAAUUGAUUGUAAUCAAGUUGACCAUUUGUAUCAACCAAGUGAUCCUCAAGGCGACCCCAAGCAAGAGUCAAGUCUCAUCCCAUUAGGUGAGACUAAUGCCCAUCAAAUAGUUGAACCUCAGCCUGUUGCCAGUCAAGGAAAUGGUUUGAUCGAGUCAAGUGACUCCAACAGUGUCAAGGGAAGAGUGUCAAGAGCAUCAUCUUCACCUUCAUCAAAGUCAACAUCUUCAUCAGGACGGCGAAGUCGGACCAACUUUACUUCAAAUCAAAUUGCAACAAUGGAAAGUGUCUUUUACAAUUCAACUCAUUACCCUGAUGUAAAAUGCUUGACUGAACUUUCAAUGAAAUUAGGUUUACCUGUGAAUAAAAUUCAAAUCUGGUUUCAAAAUAGGAGAGCCAAAUUCAGGCGCAAUUCAAAAUGA